AUGCAUUGGAAUGUCUUAAGGCUUGAUCACUAUGAACACUUCUACCUCACUCAUGUCAAACAACAAAAUGUUCGGUCUCAGUCCAUCAAAGCCAGAUCAGGGACCUAUGUCCUAGCCUUAGCCUUAAAACAACAGGGUAUCUCUUUACUUGUUUCCACACAUCUACAUCUCAGAAUGAUCUCCUUGGGUAUCCGACCUCGGCUUCAAUUCAAAUAUGUGAAACUUAGCUUUGCUUUAAUCUUUGCCUGCGGCAUUGCUGCUUUGAUCAACAAUACAUCUAAAAGAAGUCCCCUAUCCGUAUUCUCAGUGUCAAGUAUCAAUGCAAUCUGGGAGUUAGAGCGUAAUAUUACACAAAGAGUAUGGUUCAACCAAAUGAAAACAAACCAAACAAAGCCGAAAAACGCCACAAAAUCACCGCCAACUUACAGUGCGCAAGAUCUCAAGAAAUUUCCGUUCCUAAAUGAACCCGUCAUUAACUCACAUAACUACAAAUAUAUCAUCUCUCCCAAUGUUACUUGUGAAGGCCGCGACGAAAUAGAACUAUUCAUCGGUGUUGCAACGCGCUUGGAUAACUUCAAAGGUCGCCAGGCGAUUCGAGAGACCUGGGGCAGUUAUGCUAACGUCAGCUCCCAUAACUCAAUUCUAGUUUUUUUCAUUGGUCAACCGGAGCCUGGAUACCCAAAAGCAAGCUUAAAACAGAAAUUACUUCUUAAAGAAUCAGCCAAGUAUGGUGAUAUUUUGCAGGAGGAUUACUUGGACUGUUAUCACAACUUAAGUCUAAAAUCGGUAUCUAUUAUCAAGUAUGUUUCUACUUACUGUUCAAAGGCAAAAUAUAUCCUCAAAGCGGACGAAGACAUGUAUAUAAAUUUCAACUGUUUAAUUGAUAGUUUGAAAAAAAAUCAAGUUAAAAAACCUAAACUUAAAGCUUUUGUGAUGGGAACAAAAUACGUCAAACCACCCCCAAUAAGGUCUACUAAAUCAAAGUGGUACAUAUCUAAAGCUGAUUACCCUAAGAGCAGAUAUCCGGAUUAUGUAUCAGGUGGGGCCUACGUCUUGUCAGCACAGGCGUCAUGGCUGUUGUACCAGGCGUCCCUCAGGUUGCCGUUGUUCCGGUGGGAGGAUGUGUACGUCACGGGGAUGUGCUCCAAGAAAGCUGGCGUUGAGGUCAUAGACAAUGAUCGAUUUACUUACGAAAUGUAUGAUGUGUCAGACAUUAGAAGUCGCAUAUCAGGGCAUCCUUACACACCGACGGAGAUGCGAGAAAUGUACAGUGAACUGAAAAGUGAUACAAGUUGUGAAUAA